CCAAAUUACCAAAGCCCCACUGUAGUUUUUUACCCCAAAAAAAACCUUGUUUUGAGCAAAACCCUAAUCUCUCACUCGACCUCAGAGACGGAGAGUGUGUGGGCUGUCGCGCUAUAACAAAGUUAGAGCUCGAGAAAGCUCGAGGGAGGAAACAUGGACGCCAUGCGGAAACAGCUGGAUGUGCUCAUGGGAGCCAAUCGUAAUGGAGACGUAAGGGAGGUGAAUCGCAAAUACUACGAUCGUGAUGUGUGUCGCAUGUAUUUAGUCGGCCUGUGCCCUCAUGAACUCUUUCAAUUAACGAAAAUGGAUAUGGGGCCGUGUCCGAAGGUCCACUCACUGCAGCUGAGAAAAGAAUAUGAAGAGGCAAGAGCAAAAGGUACAGAUAACUAUGACAGAGAGUUAGAGGAUGUUAUAGACCGGCUUAUUGUUGAGUGUGAUAAGAAAAUCAGUAGAGCACUUAAACGCCUUGAGGCUGAGGAUGCAAAGGCUGCUAUUGCAAUAUCAGUCUCUGAAGUUACGCAGACGCCGGAGAUAGUUGAGUUGUCAAAGCAGAUCAAGGAGAAAUUGAAACAAGCUGAUAAAUUUGACCUUGAAGGAAAGACAGAUUUUAAGAUUCAAGCUCUGGAAGAGGUGGAAAAACUCAGAACCGAAAGAGCAGAGAAGCAGUCUGCAUUACUCUUGGAAGCCUUCAAUAAAGAUAGGGCAUCUUUGCCUCAACCACUACCAAACCCACCACCAUUGGCACCCUUACCUGUACCUGCUCCUGAUCCUCGCACACAGGAAAUGAUAAAUGAGAAGCUGAAGAAGGCGGAGGAUCUUGGUGAACAAGGAAUGGUAGAUGAGGCUCAAAAAGCACUGGAAGAGGCUGAGGCACUUAAAAAGCUGCCUGCCAGACAAGAUCCUGCCCUGGAUUCCUCCAAGUAUACUGCUGCUGAUGUGCGCAUUACUGAUCAGAAGUUGCGCGUUUGUGACAUUUGUGGAGCAUUUUUGAGCGUAUAUGACAGUGAUCGACGUUUAGCAGAUCAUUUUGGAGGGAAGCUUCAUCUAGGAUAUAUGCAAAUCCGUGAGAAACUAGCAGAACUUCAGGAAGAGAGAAACAAGCUUCGCAGAGGUGAUCGGCAUGAUGAUCGGAGAUCAAAAGAGCGAAGUAGAGACCGUGACAGAGAAUCCAGCAGGGAUCAAGAUCGGGCAGAUAGCCGUGACCGGGAGAGGGAUCAUGAUCGUAGGAGCAGAGAUCGUGACAGGCAUUAUGAUCGAGAUCGUGGUCAUGACCGGGAACGUGAUAGAGAUGCAGAUCGUUCUCGUAGUUAUGAUUCAAGAAGUCGACACAGGUCGCGAUCUCGGUCUAGAGAACGUUCCAGGGAUUAUGAUCGUCACAGGCGCUACGAUCGGUACUAGGGCUGUUGCUGUUUAGUAUUUUGGUAUGAAAUUUGUGUUUUUUCUGCCUAGGUUAAUGAACUUGUGGAGUAAAAAAUGAUUUUAUGUAUGUCUUCUAAUAUUUUUUUAGUGGAGUUUGAUAUUAUGUGCUAAGGUGGGCGUACCAACUGCUUCAUAGAUUUUCUUGACUUGUAUGUUUAAGAGGUACGCUUUGUGCUAUUUAUCUAAAUUCAUCUUUGUUAUUUUUGAA